ACCUAGCAGCUUCGAAUGAGCGUCUCUCUAGCAACAAGUGAUGUCAUCUUACUCCUGAUUUCCUAUUGGCCGAGAACUUUAGGACGGACGUUCUGCUUUGUGGAUUUUAGCAUAUCGAGCUGGAAUGCAGAGAUGAGAGGGUUACUUCCAGGGCUUAUGCUGGUAUACAGCUCUAUAUAUCUCCAUGUAUCAGGUUACGUUAUGCAGGAGAUUUCAUGGUGCACAUACGGAGAUGAUGAGCGAGGAAAUGCGACAUUUUUCUAUAUUAUGUCAUUUAAUCACGUUCCUGCACUGGUCUAUGACAGCUCUGAGAAAAUGUUUUUGCCUUAUCAAUCACCCAUCUUCAAAAUGAUGGCCGUAGUGAGGAAGUAUACUACGGAAUUUAACACUAAACCGUACAUGUUAAAUUACGUGAAAUCUGAGGAGAAGAGAUGUAAAGAGAACCUAAGGACAUUCUGGAAUGGUACGGUGGAGAGAAGAGCAAAACCAUCUAUGGAGGUAUUUUCUCCAGAGGAAUUUAACGGGGAAAAUCUCCCAGUACUGAUCUGCCAUGUUUGGGGCUUUUACCCUCAAGACAUUAUUGUAACCUUGGUCAAAAAUGACAAGAUGGUGGUGAAGAAUGAAACUGAGGCUGUACGAGUCGGGGACUGGACCUACCAGGUUGUUUUAAAACUAGAUUUGCGGGAUUCCCUUCCUGGAGACAACUACACCUGCCUAGUAGAACAUCAAAGCCUCGAUGGUUCCAUGAUGAAAACUUGGAAACCUGGGUUGACCUCCAUUCAGAUCAUUAAGAUCAGCGUCUCUGUAGUGAUCUUUGCACUAGGACUGAUCACUUUGAUCGCAGGAGUUUUAUGCUGGAAAAAUGGCAAGAAAAGUGGUUACACUCCAAUUCCAGGAUACAAUGAUGCAAACUGAGGCUCUACUAGAUCCUGAUGGGAUUGAGGGAGAAAUCUGCCCAGAACACUCCGCAGUGACAAUGGUUGUAUAUGGAUCUCGCCAUGGACCAGAAACACUUCUGAGCUGUCACCAGAUGGUUUUGCAGACCUAUUGUGCACCACUUAAGGACACUUAUUGCGUUUUAAGUUUUUACUUCAUUCACUUCCAUGACAAUUGCUUGUUAGGAAAAGUUUUAUAUUGUUUUUUUAUUUUUAUUUUUUGCAUUCAUUUCACUAAAAUCAUCAAGGAAAACUCACAAGGAUCUGCAAUGUCUCUUCAUCGUACUUGUAGGUUACGCCUGGUGCGGUAUUACAGAAGUACAAAUACCGUCUGUCAAUCUAACCGUGAAGGAGAUACAUGUUGGAAAUUUAAAGGGGUACUCCGCUGCUCAGCGUUUGGAGCUUGUGAUGUCAUAGCCCCGCCCCCUCAUGAUGUCACGCCCCGCUCCCUCAAUGCAAGUCUAUGGGAGGGGGCGUCAAGCCCCCUCCCAUAGACUUGCAUUGAGGGGGCGGGACUAUGACGUCACAAGCUCCCGGCUCCAGCGUUCGGAACAGUUUGUUCCAAACGCUGAGCAGCGGAGUACCCCUUUUAAAGGGGUACUCCGGUAGAAAACUUUUUUUUUUACAUCAACUGGUGCCAGAAAGAGAAACAG